GGAAGAAUGGCGUUCGAAGAGUCAUUCGAAAGUGUUGACUAAUCAGUUUAAAAAACAAUGAGAAUAUUGUUCAUCAGAAGGUAAAAUAAGACCAUGAUCGAUACGUUGCGGUGUUCUUAGGUAUUCAUAAUGUCAAGAAAACGACCGAGAAGAAGGGAAGGAUCGAUUGAUAGUCCUGCAGAGCGACUCAGAAAGGCUGUUGCUAGUGGGAAUGUAAAACUCGUGCGGGAUCUCAUCAAAGAUGGUUGCUCUGCUAACCAGAUGGAUGGCAAUGGCUGGACGCUUCUUCAUUUAGCUGCUAGUAGAGGGAAAGAACGCGCUCUAAGAGUGCUCCUCGAGAAAGGAGGCGAUGCAUUUGCGCGAGAUUUCGUCGGAGGUUUCACCGCUCUUCAUUACGCCGCCAUGCACGGACGGACAAGAAUCGCAAAACUGUUGUUAGAUUUCAAAGGAUUAGACAAAGAAAAGCUCGUCGAUGCAAGAAGUGAGGAUGGUUGGACGCCGUUACAUGUGGCUGCACACUACGGUAGAGACUCGUUUGUGGAGCUUCUUUUGGAAUCAAAAGGUUUUGUAGACGCGUUAAGCGACAAAGGCACGACAGCUCUUCAACUAGCCAUUAUUCGUGAAAGGACGAGUUCAAUUCGUGUCUUGUUAAACUGGGGAGCUAACAUUGAUGUUCAAUUUGGAUUCCCCCUUCGUUAUGCUGUUAUUAAAGGUAACGUUAAUUGUGUACGAAUGUUGGUUGAACACGGCGCUCUCACAAGUAUCAAAAGGCCUGAGGAUGGCCAAACUCCUCUCCAUUUAGCCGCAUUAAGGAACAGUGAACCUUUGGCACGCUUGCUCUAUAAGUUUGGAGCAGAUAUAAAUGUUUACAACGAUGAAGGACUUACACCUCUAUCGAUAUCAAGGAUGAUGUACAACCUAAACUCAAUCGAUAGAGACUGUUUGGAUUUUCUCAGCAGCGUGUCAAGUAAGUGUACAUGUAAAUAAUCGACGUUAGCAAAAACCUAUUUUGGGCAAAAGGCAAACUUCCACUUUGAAAUGUAUCUCUCAUUCUUGCACACUAAGAAUAAUCCACUCUUCUUUUUACAUUUAUUUUAUGCAGGUAAAUUUCUCAUCCAUAGUUACCUUGAGAAAUGGAAUUUGAUUAGACUUAGGAGAGAAAAUUGAUUUUAGGAAAAGUAAAUCGUACUCCUUGAUCAUAAAUAUUUAUGUGACAAGACUAAAUUUCAGUUGGUGUGGGGCUGUCAAUUACUUUUACAAAGAGAAUGCUUGCUGGAAGAAGUGGAACAUGGCAUUAAGAACGAUGCAAACUAGUGAAGAAUAUUGUCAACUGCAAGAAAUUUAGUACUUUUAAAAAAAUAUUUAAACAUUUUUAAAUGUUUAAAUAUUUUUUUUGGUAAGGGGGAGGCAUUGUCAUUAAUGGCCUUGAAAAGAUAAUGGUCAUGAAAAAGGGGCAAUGCAAAUGAGUGGUACUGAUGUAUGUCUUCCAAGAAAAGAGGACAUGUCACACUUUCCUCUUUCCAUGAUCUUCACCCUUUUCAGUGAUUCAUUUUAUGUAUUUUACUAUGCUUAGUUGUGUAUAUUAUUAUUUGUACUUGUUUUCAUAAUUCAGAAUGUGCAAGGCUAUUUCUGUUUCCUGAUUACACUCACCAAAAUAUUACAAGAAGUGUACAUGAAUGUACAAUAAAGACCUUUGUUGUGUGUAGUACUGCAGUUCUGCAUAUGCUAUACAGGAUUAAGGUCAAACAUUUGUAAAGUAACCAAAUGGUUACAGAGAGAAUAUAAAAUCAGCUCACCCCAAGGGAUGUGAAUUGGUGUAGUUAUAUUUUGUCCUUCACUGAGAUAAGUCAAUUAAAAUCUUUCUCCAUUCUGCUGCUAAGCUCAAACUUUACCAUCUGUCAUAUUCAAUAAGUUUAAGUGACUUAUUGAACUCAAUUCCUGUCAAUUUUGUGGCAUGGAUAGUUUGUGGGAGCUUAUUCUACCCUACUGGAAUGUUUCUUGUUAGCUUGAAGUUUCCAACUCGCAAAAGACAAAACUGAACAAAAUUAAUCCUGAAAUUAUAAACUAUAGGUGCAUUACCUGUUAAGUAAAAAUAAAAAAGAAAUUUGUUAUUAUUAUUUUCAGAAAAUCCAAGGAGUCUACAAGAUUCCUGCCGUUUUGUCAUUCGGGAAGCACUUGGUGCCAAACGACUUCAAGAUAUAUCUAAGCUACCAGUCUCAAUUAUAAUGAAGGACUUUCUUCUUUACAAAUAUGAAUAAUGUAAGAUGACAAGUAUGAAAGUCACAGCAAACUAACAGAGUUUGCCGGCUAUUAUUGGGCCAAAAAUUGCUCUUUUAUUCCUGGUAAUGAUAAGAAGUAGCUAAUGGUAACUUGAGAUGUUGGACCUUUGUGUAGUUUCCAUGGUCAUAAGUUUCCAAGAAGGAGGUUUUUUUUUCAGUCUGUGGCCAUUACUUAACAUAAGCAGGGCAAAUCGCAUAAGCUCAGGUACUUUAACAAUAGUGCUUUUAAUUAGUGCUUUAACAGGUACUUUAACAAUGGUACUUUAACAGAUUUUACUGAGUCAGGGCAGACACUUUUACAGCUACAGGAUGAUUUAGAUGUUUUUUAAUUAAUGUUGUAUGGGAAUAUGUUAUAGUUUUAAAAGGGAUUUCAGCUUAAAUUACUUUAAGAAAUAGUUUGAAUUGUAGUAUCCUCUGUUUCAUUAAAAACAGAGUCAAGAGAAUUACUGUUACCUAUGCUGAUGUUGUUUGUUUUUACUAAUUUUAAGUACCCCAUCCCAUGAAACUGUCAGUCCCUUAAACUGAACGACAAAGUUCUCAUUAAUGUGGACUGCUUUAAUUAAGCUUGUAAGGGUUGAUAGGGGGUUUUGCCAAUUCUAUGAAGAAGGAAAAAUCUUUUUUUUUUUAUUAAGCUAAAGAGAUGUAUAGUUGGUGAUAAUAUUGCAAAUAUGCAUUUAAAACAAAUUAAUGAUAACAAGCCUUCUUUCUCUAUCCUUUCCUCCUGGGAAUAAUUUGUAUUAAUUGUUUCUCAUGCAUGUUAACUUUAAAGGUGCACUGCAUGGUAUGUUUAGGAAGUGUUGAAAUUUAUUACUUUAAUUCUAUCUUUGUUAGAAAAAAUGAAAUAUUCUGAACAGAUGGUCAAUAGUUUUAGGAAAAAAUAGCAUAUUUUACUUUUUCAUUGUCAUCUUAUUAAUUUGCAUCAUAGAGUCAGUUUCAUCACAGUCGAUUUUUGGUUCCCAUUUUGCUCUCAAUAGCAUGUUGUGCAUUUUAACAAGUCUUUUAGGUGUCAGUGUCAUGGUAACAUGCAUGUUUUUAUUGUUUGAAUUUAUCAAAUAAUAAAGUUUCAAACUUUAAAUUGUGCUCGUAAUUUAGGAAUUUAGUGCUAGCUACAACAAGGUAUGAUUUUAUGUUGUGGUCAUUUGAUGUGGCAAUAGAUGAAGG